UUUCUUUAGACCAACCUAACAAUCAGCGUAUCCAAACAGAGCCUUUCAGAGUUGCUGAGGAUGUGUUCAAAACUCAAGAUGCCUCGUGCCAAGACACAAAAAGAGUUGUUGCAGAUGGUCGGGAUGGAGAAGGCUCGAUUUUUCAUGAUUUGCUGCAGACCUUCAGUCAAGAUGGUGAUGAUCUUGACGAAAACGUAGCUGCAGGAAACCACAAUGGCAGUUUUACAAGGUAAGAUUUUCAGAUCUAUCUUUAAAGUCUUAUUCAUGAUUGUGAAGCUGAAACAUCUUUGUGGAUUAUUUAUGUUUAUAACUGUGUUAUUACAAACCUUUUCUUAAUAGCUUACAAAAUCCUGGAUUUAUUUCUUAGGAAAGACGCCUUGAAUUCAUGCAGUGCUUCUGCUGUCUCAGAUGGAUCAAUUUAUGCAGAUGCCGAUCAGUUCUACGAUUUUGGCGAAACUUCUGAUGAAGAACAAAGUUCUCCUAACAAUGCUGAGCAACCGAUUUCCGCUGAAGAUUCAGGGGAUACCGCAGAUUACCUUCCAGCUGAUGCAUGGAAUCUGAAACUGCACGAUGUUAAAAGCAACGGAGAAGAUGAAUGCUUGCAAGACGCUCAGAGUGACUAUGAAGAGGAACAAGCAUUCGCCAAUGACAUAGAGCAACCACUUUUAAGUGAUGGUGAAGUGUCGUACAAUACACAAAAAUCAGAGGGAGAAUAUUGCGAUGACUACCAUCUCUGGCAGUCCUAUGAAAGUGACUUGCCACCAACCAGUGGAACAUCUCCACAUUACGCUCCAGAGCAAUAUGAAAGUGUCAAUUAUAACAUAUCUUGUGAUCAAGAAGUAUCGAAAGCAUUUUAUGCCAAUCAAGAGACAUGCAUUUCUCAGCAAAGAAAUGCUGUCACUGGCAUGAUGACUGAAGUGAAUGGAUACAAUGCCCAGGAAGUUCAAGAAUUCACGAGACCUUUCAAUGAAUUUGACCACCUAGAUCAAUUAUUUGCAAGUUUGAAAUCAGAGCUUGCAGAACUUUUUAGGAGAAGAGAUGGAUUACUUGCAAGAAUAAUAGAAAUGAAAAAGGUGCAGAAUGAGAAACUGAGCUUCUAUUCAAAUAUGGUUGAGAACGACUACAGCAACAUGAUGGAUGAGCUGAGACGCCAAAUUCUCAUAUCUAACGAUAGGGUUAGAGGGGCUCAGUUUGACAUGGAAAUUGCUGAUUUUGACCUCAACCAAGCAAAAUCUCAGUUGAACAAAGAAGCAAUGAACCUGGAGCUUUUCAAAAUUGGGUUGACCCAGGCCAAUGAGACUUACGCUGGCAAGUUGCUCUUCUUUCAUCAAACGAAUAGGCAAAGCUCAGAAAAUUUUGAAUGCUUACAAGCGCAACUUGUUGAGCAGAGAAAAAGUUUCAAGGAAGUGCUGAACGCCAAGCAAGUUCGUCUUGCCCGUCUUAAGAUGGCCUUGCAUUCAGCAAAAGACAAAAAGAGCUUGAUCAUGGGGCACUUGGCAAAAAGCCGUGAGAAAAUUCUGAAGAAUAAGCUGACGAGCGACAAAGAAUUUGUCGAUAUCUACGAAGAGCUUGCAAAGAAAAAACAUGUUAAUGCAGAAAUGUCCCGUGCUUUGGAGAUGCAAGAUCGCAUGAUUGCAGGCUUGAGAGAAGAAGGUGCCUGUUUAGAAGAGGAAGUGAAGAUUAAGGAAGAGAAACUGAAAACAUCUAAAAGUAAAUGGAAGAGAAGAUUCCUCUCUUUCUUUUGCAUUCGUGUAGAAGAAGACUGACUUAGUUGUGCAUUUUGAAGUUUGUUGUAUAUAACUGUUAUUUUACAAUACUUGAUUGACCUGGUUUGAAAA